AUGAUGGACACGACGGAUCGCGGCAGCAUAUACGAGCACGACAUCCCGUCUCUGAGCGCCUCGCUCGAGGCCUUCGACCCGGAGCGCAGCAUGCACUCGGCCUACAGCGGCCGCUCCAACAUGCACUCGUCGCGCUGGAGCGUGCCCCAGGACGACGUCGACUCCGAGACUGAGUCGGACGGCCCAUGGGCGCCCCCAGCCUGGCAAAAGUCCCAAUCGAGCAACCACUGGUACAGGAAGUCGCUGCUGGGCGAGAGCGCAAUGCGCAACAGCCCCUCCAAGUCGCCCUUUGAGUACCGCACCGACCGCGACGUGACGCCCUCGCGCAUACCCCUGCCAGAGUCGCCCUACAAGAUGACGCCGCGCACAAGCCCAGAACCCAUACCCGAGGAGGAACAGCGAUACAUGUCCAACAACAUUGCCUCGCGCCUGCAGAGCCCUUGCGAAGACGCCCAGGCGGGCGCGGGCGCAUUGCACGGAACCGAAUCAACCGUGUCGCAACACGACGAGGGGCCAGUAGAGGGAUUCAUGCGCUUUGCUUACAGAGGAGAAGCCAAGUUCCGUACUGCGCCCAUUGAAGACACCAUAUCUACUGUCGCGUCCGGCCUUCACAUCUUUACGAGGUCGCGCGCAAACGUCAUCUUCACGGUUGCGACCGUCUUCUUAUCUUAUCUCUUGCUGCAGCCCUGGCAAGCUAGUCUCAUUCCGGAUGUCGCGAAUGUCGCCAACAUGGCCAAGCAAUUCGAGCCGCUGCUUUACGCUUCGGAGAGUGUAAUCCCCCGGUCGCGCGAGCUGGCUGAUGCUAGUAUCGCAGUCCAAGAUCUGGGGGAGAGCGUGCGCGCGACAAACAUGUCGGCGUCGUCUGUCAUCAUCGACCAGCUUGACGACUUGGGCGAUAGCCUCAGAAUCCUAUCAGAAAAGAUUACUAGUUUCUUCACCAAUGUAGACGGCGAUAUGGACUCCAUCCUCAUAACCAUGGAAUGGGCAAAGCGCGAAUUGCAAAGCAUCCAAGGCCCUAAAGUAGGCAUGAUCGACACCGUCAUCGAUAACGUGCAUGGCGGCCUAAGUAAAAUCGGUCUUCUGGAACGCAACGACGGGUCCCCAACAGCUAUUGGCCAUGUUGUAAACGAUAUCCUGGGCCACACCACCCAACAGCGGAGCAAAGCCACUCUGCAACGUACUUUUGACUACCUGUUGUCUACGCUUGAAGAGAACAUUCAACACGAACUUGAGCGCGCAGACGUGCUUUUCCAGCUCUUUGAAUCCGUAGACCGCCAAUUCCACAACCUGCAUCGCUCCGUUGCCAAAGAAGAAGACAGUCUUGCCAAUCGCAAGGACGAGUUCCUAGCCAGCAUGUGGCGGCAAACCAUCAACAACAAGAUGAAGAUUAAAAAAUACGAAAAAAACCUCAAGCUGCUGAAAGAUGUCCGGGCGUCGACGUUGAUUAACAAGUCGGAACUCAAAGUUCACAUUCAAAUCAUACAUUCAGUGAGGGAUCAGUUGGAUAAGGCGAGGAAGAAUUUGAUUAGUCCGUUGAUUAGGGCGGCGCAGAGUAAUAGCUUUGGAAUCGAUCAGCAGCUUAGUGAUCUUACGGGCACGUAUAGCUUUCUUAAGACGCUGAGGGAUGAUCAGAAGAAGAAGGUGAGGCAGCAGAUGUGGGGGGAGCCGAAGAAACGCAUUGCGAUUACUGCUGGGGGCAAGGAGGAGAUUGAAGAGGGUGAGGAGAGCGAGUGA